AAAAGCCACAGUAGUUACAGUGGGUCGUUGUAGUAUGUUCUGCGGCGCUGGGAGACAACAGUGAGCGCCUGACGGAUCGGCGAGCAGCCUUUAAGCAGCCAUGGAGAAGAUUAAACUAGCCGUGGAGCGGGCCAGAAAUGCCUUCAACAGCGGCAAAACGCGCCCUUUGGAGUUCAGAAUCCAGCAGCUGAAGGCCCUCGAGAGGAUGGUGAAAGAGAAAGAGAAGGAGAUCACCGAUGCCCUCAAAGCUGAUCUCAGCAAGAACCCCCUCAAUACCUUUACCUAUGAGAUACUGACUGUGCUGGAGGAGAUCUCCCUGGCGGUGAACAAGCUCCCCCAGUGGGCUGCCCCAAAGCAUGUGGAGAAGAACCUCAUUGUGCUGAUGGACGAGGCCUACAUCCACUACGAGCCGCUGGGUGUGGUCCUGAACAUCGGGGCAUGGAACUACCCGUUUGUCCUUAUCAUGCAGCCGUUGGUCGGCGCCAUUGCAGCAGGAAAUGCCGUCGUGGUCAAACCAUCUGAGAUCAGCGAGCACACCGCCAAGCUCUUUGAGGAAUUGCUCCCGCAGUACCUGGACAAGGACUUGUAUCCGGUUGUUAACGGAGGGGUCCCAGAGACGACCGAGCUGUUGAAGCAGAAAUUCGACCACAUCAUCUAUACAGGUAACAGCACCGUGGGCAAGAUCAUCAUGGAGGCGGCCGCCAAGCACCUCACGCCCGUCACGCUCGAACUGGGCGGGAAGAGCCCCUGUUACAUCAACAAAGACUGCGACGUCGAUGUUGCUUGCAGACGAAUCACGUGGGGGAAAUACAUGAAUUGUGGCCAGACCUGCAUUGCCCCCGACUACAUCCUGUGUGACCCGUCCAUCGAAGGCCAAGUGGUGGAGGCCAUAAAAAAGACCUUGACGGAAUAUUACGGCGAGGACGUGAAGAAGUCCCCGGACUAUGAAAGGAUAGUGAACAAGCGGCACUUCAAAAGACUCAUGGGGCUGCUGGAAGGGCAGAAGAUCACUUAUGGUGGGGAAGCUGAUGAAGCCACCUGCUUUAUAGCACCAACCAUCCUCACCGAUGUCAAUCCGGACUCCAAGGUCAUGCAAGAGGAAAUCUUCGGGCCCAUCCUCCCCAUCGUCACCGUAAAGAGCACGGAUGAGGCCAUCCGGUUCAUCAACCAGCGGGAAAAGCCACUGGCUCUGUAUGUCUUCGCCAAAGACAAGACGAUCAUCAAAAAGAUGAUUGCUGAGACCUCCAGCGGGGGUGUGACAGCCAACGACGUCCUCAUGCAUUUCACACUUGCCAGCAUGCCAUUUGGUGGGGUCGGUAACAGCGGGAUGGGGGCCUACCACGGCCGAUUCAGCUUCGAGACCUUCUCCCACAAGCGCUCAUGCCUCGUAAGGUCCCUCAACAUGGAAGCCGUCAACAAGAUCCGCUACCCGCCCAGCAGCCAGAAAAAAUUGGAUUGGACCAAGUUCAUCCUCUUGAAACGGUGCGGCAAAAGCAAGGUCGGGCUUGUUGUUCUCGCCGUUCUAGGAGUCCUGGUGGCUGUCGCCAUAAAGGUGCUGGAAAAGAUUGUUUCUCUACCCAAGGCCUUGAAGAGCAGCAGCCAGUCAAAGUAAACAGUUCUAAGGUAGCCUUUUCCUGAGCCCAAGGCCAACGCCCACGCAAAUGGGAGCUGCUGUGGUCUGGGGGCUUGGGGCGGGGGCUUUUGGCACUCAGAUACGCAUUACUUUUUCUUAACAAUGAUUAAACCGCACAAAAGGAGAAUCUGGAAACCUUCCCCCCUCCCCUCCGCAAUUCCGCUUCUGUUGGAAAGCAAGUGUCGGGACCCGGGGAGGGCUGCUUCCGCAUCCUCUUGGACCAGAUUAACCAGUGGGAAUCCUUGGCAGGCCUUACUGGGGGAGUAUUUUUUCAGAGUAUUUUUAGUGACUGCUUCGGUGUCCUGCAGCCCACGUUGGAAGAUUUGUGUCAAUGUCCCCCUUUUUAAAAAAAAAAGCUCGAUGUUUCAGAGGCAGCCGGAGAUCAGAACAGUUUGCAAAAGCAAUAAAAGAAGAAAUUGCUUUAGCGGAGGAGCUCUGCAAGCACCUAGUCAGGCUUAAAGCAAUGCUGUUCUUUCUCUGUGUUCAGCCCCAUUUCACUUUAAGGCAGUUUUGCUUUAAUGCUGGAAGCUGCUAAGCCAUUCUAGGGCCUGCCUUUUGGUGACUUGGCUGCUUUUGAGGGCUCCUACUGUAACAGGAGCUGAUCAGACAAGCAGUCCCACCCAGGGGUGAAAUGGGGGCAAGGGAAAAGCGGCACAAUAGGGAAGCGUUUGGGCACAGGUGCUGUUGGGUAGAAUCCGAUCCCAUCGUGGCAGCAUUUUCCCUGACCAAAGAGGCCUUUUUUUUUUUUAUUAAAUGGAUGGUGUGUGCCAAACACCUGGGCUAUCUUCCUUCUUACUCAAUAGCAUCAGCCGCCACACAAUGUUCAAAUUUGAUCAUAAAACAGAACUGAAGUUGUUUUCUAAAGAUCUGUGAUAUGUCUUUCUUCCACAAAUUGUGAUACAAACUGUAGUGUUAGUGGCGGUUGGGGGAACAAGGUUUGAAAAAAAAUCAGGAAUGCUUACUUUCCUUCUUUGCAGCUGACUAUUAUCUUAUUUAUGCAGAUAGAUGCAUUAUAUAUUCAGCAGGGUGGUGGGGGCAUUUCCUGUCUGUCCUUUUUGAAAAGCGCUUCUGGUCUCUUUUAUAAAAAUAUUUGUAUUAAUAAAGAAUUUUAGACGUUGAGAGAGAACUGACAAGCUUAGAAUUAAUAAAAAUAAUUAAAACAUGAAAUGAAUAAAAAAGCUUUAUAUUGAAAUAUAACAUCCAGCCAAUGUUUAAUAUAUAAUUAAACUUGCAGACAUCACAUAUAUACUUUUGUGUUGGAAAUAAACACUAUUAAACCAA